AUGAUGUAAUUCAAGAGUUUAGAAGAGCAAAUUCAAUACCAAGAAAAGAAUAUUGAGUAUUUGUAACAAUAAAAUUUUGAUUUGCAAAACUAAAUCUCACAAUUUUCUUAAUUUUAAUAGUUAGGUAUUACAAUUGAAGCAUUUCAAUCUUUAUAGAAUAAUAGCAAAGAGUAAUCAUAACAAAUAAAAUAAUUACAAAAAGAUAAUAAUAAUCUACUUAAACAAAUUCAAAACAAUCAAGUUAAAUAUUAUGAUAAAACACUAUCAAAUUUAUAAUAAGAAAAUGUGAAAUUGAAAAAUGAAAUUAGAUAAUUACGUCAAAGGAUAUCAUCACCAUCAAAACUUGAUAAAUCAAUUGUUUAAUAUAGUACACCUUAAAAGUAAUUAAAUCCUAGUGCUAUUCUAAAAUCAACUAAAGAUCAUCCAAAAGAUGUGUCAAGUUUGCUAUUUAUUAAAGGGUCUCAAAAUUUUAAGUCUCCUUAUGUUGAUAUUAUUAAAGGAAAAUAUGAAAAUGUUAAAGUAAUCAAAUAGCUUAAAUCAGGAUUAGAAUAAUCUUAUUUUGAUACAUAUCAUUUUGAUAUCAUAAGUCAAGAUCUCUAAUAUUCACUUCAAUAAUUGGAUAGAUAGCAUAGUAUCCAUUAAGGUAAAGGAAUACUAUUAUCAAAUUAAUUAUGUUUGAUUUUUGGAGCUUCAAGAACAAAUAAAAAGCAUUUUCUUAUUUAAUAUUUAGACACUCUUAUAAGUCAAAUAAAAUAACAAUUUGAAAUCUUUUAAUAAAAUGAAGAUUAUAAAUAAUUAACAGUGAAGAUUGUAUAUGAAGAAUUCUUUAAUGGUUAGGCUAAACAUCCUAAUGAUAGUGAAAUAAUUUUCAAUAAAGAAUAAAGUAAGAGAGAUAAUGAAAAUAAAGUAAGAGAGAUUGAAUUAUCUAUUUCAAAAUUGAGAUUAAUAAUUCUCAACAAACUUAAAAUGACAAUUAAGGAUAAUAGUAAGAAAUAUAUUAAAAUAAGAAAACUUUAUAUUGAGACUGAGUUAUAAUAUAACAAAGAAACACAAUUAAAUAAGUUUAUUGUUUUUACAUCAAAUUAAAAUUUGAAUCAAAAAUUAUUUUAAAAUUCAGAAGAAGGUUUAAAUGAAACUUUAAAUAUGAAGGACAAAGGGAAGGAAUUAACCUCAAUUCUAAGAUGGCCAUAAUUAUAAAUUUCUUUAGUAUUAUGUGUUCAUCCUACAAUUCCAGAUUAUUAAUUCACAAUAAAUACAUUUUAAUUAUGCAAAUUUAUUAGGAAUUUGAAAUUAGUAUCUGAUUCUCCUCAAAGUUCUGAUAAAUUUUCAUAGAUUUUAGAGAAUAAUAAUGUAAAAUAAUUUAAAAUUAAUAGAAAUCACUUGAACAAAAGAUAAAGCAUUUAAGAGAAAAAAUCAAGAAUUUGGAAUCAGAAAAUUACAGAGUUAAAAAGUAAAGUUUAAUAUUAGAAGCUGAGAAUGAGGAGGCAGUUGAUAAGAAUAGAAAAUUAAAAUAAUAGUUGAUUAAUUUAACAGGUUCUUUGUAAUAAUUGCAAAUGAAUUUUUAACAAUAAAUUUCUGCAAAGAAAUCCUUAUCUUUAUCUAAAACUAAAAGUGCAGUUGUAGCUGAUAAUAAAACAAUAUAGACUCUUGAAAAAGCUUCAAAAAGCAUAUCAGUUUUAUUAUCUUAGAAUAGUAAGAUUGAUUUGAGUGUUAGUCCUUCUAAAGUACAUAAGACACUUCCUUCAGAUUUAUUAAUGGUAUCAUUUAAAGAAUUAUAAAAUAUAGCCUAAUUUUUAAGAGAAUCCUGAUGACGAAGAGGAAUAUUAAGAAGAAGGAGAGGAUGGAUAAGAAGAUGAAGAUUAAAUGGAUGAAGAGGAAGCAGAUUCAUAAGAGCCAUCUGAAGUGGAUGAAUCAGAAGGAUAAGAUAUACAAUAACCUAGAAAAGAGUCAUCAAUAUCUAUGAUAUGA